AUUUUUGUCACUUGACUGUUUAAGACACAUUGUCUGUCAUCUUCAGAAAUGGCUAGUGUGAGGAUCAGAAGCUCCAGAGCAGCUCCAGUGUGUUUGGUGCUGCUGUGUGUUCUUCUGCUGACUGCAGUCAUAGUGCUGGGUGUCUACAUCCAUACAAAGAGCACAAACUACACAGAAGAGAGAAAUGAGCUACUAACCAAGAUCACCAACCUCACAGAAGAGACACACCAACUACUAACCAAGAUCACCAACCUCACAGAAGAGAGAGGCCAGCUACUAACCAACAAUACCAACCUUACUGAGGAGAGAGAUCAGCUACUAACCAAGAUCACCAACCUCACAGAAGAGAGAGGCCAGCUACUAACCAACAAUACCAACCUUACUGAGGAGAGAGAUCAGCUACUAACCAAGAUCACCAACCUCACAGAAGAGAGAGGCCAGCUACUAACUAAGAGCAUCCAGUUGACUAAAGAGAGAGAUGUAUUAUCAUCAAAUAAAUGUGACCUGAUUAAACAAAGAAACCAGUUAAAACAAGAGAAAAAUGAACAGUCUAAAAGUCUUUGUGAAAAGGUUGGAUGGAUGUGUUAUGAAUCCAGUUAUUACUACAUUUCCUCUGAGAUGAAGAACUGGACUGAGAGCAGAAGAUACUGUACAGACAGAGGAGCAGAUCUGAUCAUCAUAAACAACGGAGAGGAACAAGAUUUUGUUAAAAGAAUAUCUGGUGGUGCUGCAGUCUGGAUUGGGCUGACUGACAGUGAUGUGGAGGGCACAUGGAGAUGGGUUGAUGGCAGCACACUGGCCUCUGGGUUCUGGGAUCCUCGAGAGCCCAAUGGACACAGACGAGAAAACUGUGUUAUAAAUUAUUCACCAGGAUGGGCUGAUUACCCAUGUGAUGAUACUCAUAAAUGGAUCUGUAUGGGCAUUUUAAAAUAAAUCAUGAACUGCAGGAUUAUGUAAUAAAAAUGAAAGAGUAAAAAAGAGAGAAAUAGAAAGCAAGGAAUUAUUUAGAAGACAUGCUCAGAAUGAAGCAACUGCUGCCAGUAUUCUUUUUCUUUUGUAUUGUACUUUUUUAAAAUUAAAUCAGAUUAACUUUUUUCCAUUGUUAUAUGAAAGCCACAUUAAAACUUUUUUUUUUUACUUUUUCAAAUGCCUUUUUUAGAUUUUCAAAUGUCUUUCAUUCAUUUGACUUGACUAUAUGAAAAAACAUUUAAAGCUAUGAUGAGUGAUAUUUUUUUUGUGAUAUAAAAUAAACCAUUUCAAUAUUUGUUUUAUGCAAAUAUUAUUUAUUUGUUUAUCAUUUUAAACUAAUUAGGACUAUCCGUCACUUCACUGCCAUCAAUUCCCCCAGCAACAACUAUUCUCCAAAAAAACUAAGACUCAAUAUGAGAAGAAAAAACACAUGCUUUAAACUAGCUACUCGAUUAGCCUUAAAGGGGUGGUUCAUUGCAAUUUCACUUUUUUUAACUUGAGUUAGUGUGUAAUGUUGCUGCUUGAGCAUAAACAGUUUCCGCAAAGUUACAGCACUGAACGGAGAUAUUGUCUUUUAAAGUUAUGGCAGUUUAAUGCCUACAAUUACGACCGGUUUGGACUACACAAGCUUCUUCCUGGGUUGGUGACAUCAUAAACCCUGCAAUUAAAAUAAACACUGCCCCCGGGAAUACACAAAAAAGUGGGCGAGGCCAUGUCGCGUGCAUACAAGUCUUCUUUCUAGGGACGCUGGACUUCGGGAACAAUGUUUAAAAUUUAUGUUUAAUUCUGUUCCUGACAAUUAUAAUGCUAAUUUUGC